AUGUCGAGAAAUAACAACAAUAGAAGAUUUGGAUUAAUUGCUGGACCAUCAGGACCUGACCAAGACAGGUUCAUUGAACAACUAAAGAACGCAAUAAUAUCAGAAGGACGAAUAGAAGGCCAAAAUCUUACGUUUAAACAAUAUCCAGAUCAUAAUUGUGUAAGUAUUGAAGCUACAACAUAUGAGGAGCAAAAGGCAAUAGCCGAGUUAUCAGGUAAAAUUAAUAUUAACGGUACAAAUAUUCUGUUUUCAAUCACUCAUCUUGAUGAUUUAAAUCAAUAUUUCGAGAAUUUCAAAAAUGUUGUUCCAAAAGCAAUAAGAGGAGAUAAAACUGAUCUAUCUAUGCUAUUUAAGAGAUUCAAUGGCUUUAAAUUUAGCUGCAACUUCCCUCAAGCCAUGUCUUCAUUACUAUUUUAUACAGGAUUAUAUGCACUUAGCCAUAAUAACAAUAUUACUAUAAUAAAUCUUGCAAAAAAUAAUAUGACAAAUUAUAAUGGUAUGAGACUUAUUGGAUCCUAUUUUCCAUCGCUUAAAAUCAUUUUUAUUGGUGGAAAUAAAUUUAAAUCCGGUGAAGGAAAACCUCCAUUCCUUGGAGAUUUCGAUUUAAGAGAUGAAAUUCCUCCUUUGGAGAUACAACAAGAAUCAGAUCAUAGUGAUUCAGAUAGUGAAUCGGCUGAAGAGACUAAAAAGCAAGAAGUAUAUGUAGAUCCGCCUCCAAUGAUAAACUUCGAAUAUAUUGAAGAGAAAAAGGUUAUGAGUACAAUAGAUUUUGACGAAUGUUAUCACAAUGAUGAUUAUGUAACAAAAUCUCAGCUCAGAGUCUUUUUAAUUCCUUUCUUAAGAUGUUUAUCAGAUAAUCCACAAAAUGCAAGCAAUUAUUACACUGAUACUGCAGUUUUAUCAUUACUUACACUCAAACCAAAGAAAAAACCAGAAACUCCUUUAUCUUUAUAUGAUAUAAUUGCAACUGACAUUACAAGAGGAGUUGCAAGGUAUUGGAGAGGUUCAGAAAUAACAGAAGGACUCAAAGAAAUAUUUCCAAUAGGUUUCAAGCACAAAAUCUCUUAUUUAGUUACUCAUCAAAUUCAUGAUGAGCUUUAUUCAAUUGUUUUUCAUGGCGCUUGCAUCGGAAAGGAAUGUUUUCCAUUUUAUUAUGACAGAACUUUGACUCUGAAGAAGGAAAACAAUGUUUAUUUCGUUUGCAACGAUUGUAUCACCCUUAGAGAUGAAAAGAGGCUGAAAGAGUGA